AUGCAGGUACCGGCUCUGACCCUGGGAGGUUUUGCCUACCCGCCUCCCUUCCCUUGCCCCCCUCUCUGCUCCGAAUGCACCUCCAGAGAGACGGCUGCCCCCAAGCCCUUCAGCAUCGACGCCCUCCUCUCCAGCCCUGCUCCCCCGGGACCAGCUACCAGCCCCGCCGUCCCGCAGCCUCUGUACCCGGGCUUAAUGCCUUCCCACGCCGGCUACCCUCUCUACUACGGGGCGCCCCUGCUCUACCGGACCAGCGGCUACAGGGAGGGUCACUACACACACGAAUAUCCACUGGCCAGAGCCGCCCUCACUCCACUCAAAUCGAAAGGUGCCAAGUCCAAAAGGGUACGGACAAUCUUCAGCCAUGAGCAGCUGGCCCGUCUGGAGGAGGAGUUUGCCCGGCAGCAGUACAUGGUGGGCUCUGAGAGGCUACUGCUGGCAACUGCCCUGCACCUCAAUGAAUCACAAGUCAAGGUCUGGUUCCAGAACCGAAGAAUCAAAUGGAGGAAACAGAGCCUUGAGCAGCAGCAGGCUAAGCUGGCCAGACUGGGUAUUGUGGCUACUCAGGCCAGCCCGGACUCUCAGAGCACCGGCGAGGGAUCAUGUCCUGAAACCCAACAUGAGGACCAGCCCUGA